AUGCAAAAUUCAAAGCCUUCAUCAACACAAGCCUCCGAUAAUUCCGAUAAAAAGAGAAAAAGAGAAGGAAAUGAAAAAUCAUCAAAGAAAAUUCAAUUAAAUAUUGAUAAUUCUUUCGUUUCUAAAGAAAUAUCAACAUUUAUUUGUAAUGAAAUUGUAAACAAAUUUAAAAUAUUUAAAAGUUUUGAACCAACUGAUAAAACACCCUUCUUUAUUAUAUAUAGUAAUGCAAGAGAAUUAAUGAAAAAAGUUCCAUCACUUGUAGAAUCAAUUUAUAAUAUGGAAAUUUCUAAAGAAUUUAAACUUUCAAAUUUAAUUCCAAUUGGAUUUGAUGCGGAAUAUAGAAAAGAUUGGAAAAUUUCGAAUAUUCAAAUUUCAUUACAGGAAUUUGUUUUGUUUUUCAAAUUGAAAAUUUAA